GCUGGAUAUUUCUACCUAACUCAGUUUCUGGAUAUGGUUAUUUUGGGAAUGAAUCUAAAAUGAAUGGGAAAAUAACGGAGGGCCGCAGUUGCGGAUACUGUGGAAAGCGGGAUUCUCCAGAGCAUUCACUGUUUGUGUGCCAAAGAUGGACAGGGUGGAAAUACAAUGCAGAAAGGAACAUUGGAGAAAUUAAUAGUAGAAGUGUUACAAGACACAUGAUGGAAAGUCCAAGGUUAAAAGCAAUCAGAAGAGUCGAAUAACCUAACUUCCAGUUGGAGGUAUACACGGAGAAAGUAUCUGGAUACCGACCAUUUUUCGUACAAUGGAGUGUCGUCUUUGGAUUUUUUUCACCCACUGAAUGAUUGGCUAUGUUUCCUGAUAUAUUCCCCAGUUUCAGUCGCCUUAGUAUCAGUUCAAUUACAAAUCCAAUGUAAGCAAUUUAUCUAAUAUAUUGCUGACGACGUGAUUGGAAUUGUAUGUGUGACGGUCACGAUAACCACAACCUAUUUUCAGAAUGCGAUAAAGUACGAGAUACACAGAUUUGAUAGAUAACUUUGUUAUCACUGUAAUAAUAUUGCCAGAUUAUAUUGUGGUCAAUGUUCAUGGUUUCACAAUAGCAAUAAUCAUCAAAUAAUUUAAAUCGUAAAAAAAUAUUGAUUUCAUUUGGUGUGUACAGAUUAGUCUCGAUACAGAGCUAAAGGAAGGCAUACAAGAAAUUAUCAUCUUUGAUCACGGACAAAAUUCAGAACUCGAAAUCGCCAGUAACAACUACAAGAUGACUACCGAAUAUCAGAGCUGCGUCAAAAUAAUACCUCCAGAAACUGGUCAAAGUUCUUCUAAUAGAGGCAGAAAAUUUAGGACAUUGGCUGCAUAUUGGGUUCUAGGCCUUUGCAAUAACUAUGGUUAUGUGGUUAUGUUAACCGCAGCCAAAGACAUCAUUGCCGAACAAACUGGUACCGUUAACGAGACUGCGAUACAUAGUGAUAAAAGAGACUGUACCUACAUGUCUACGGGUGCUAUUUUAUUGGCAGAUAUUUUGCCUGGGUUAAUUUGUAAAUUCAUCGCUCCCUUCAUUCCAUUUUUUGUCAAUGUAAGAGUAGCAAUUUGUGUGAUAUUAGCAUCAGCAGGAUAUUUGUCGGUUGCAUUUAGCAAUAGUUUUUUGAUGUCGCUUAUUGGAGUAGUGCUGACGUCAUUUUGUUCCGGAUUAGGUGAAGUCACGUAUCUCCAAUAUAGUACGUUCUAUAAUAAAAAUGUUCUGUCAACAUGGAGUUCGGGCACUGGGGGUGCAGGCAUUGUGGGUGCACUUUCCUACUCCAUUUUGCAAAGGCUCGGAAUGCGUACAUCAUUGUUGAUAAUGUUGAUAGUUCCACUUACAAUGGCUAUAUCUUUCUGGGUUCUACUUCCAAGACCUUCAGUAGACGAUAUAGCACAAGCAUUGGAAAUACAAAUGAUAGUAAAUCGUGAGGAAAUGAAAAACCCGAUCCAUGCUAUCAGAAAGAAAAUAUCUCUGAUUCCAGGACUCAUGAAGUACAUCAUACCAUUCUUCUUAGUGUAUCUCUUCGAAUAUUUCAUAAACCAAGGAAUGUUUGAGCUAACAAAUUACAAAGAUGCAGGUAUAGACGCAGGCAGCCAAUACAGAUGGUUACAAGUUACAUACCAAGUUGGAGUAUUUUUGUCCAGAUCCUCUGUAAACUUGUUCCAUAUCAAAAAGACAUAUAUUUUUGCUUUACUCCAAGGAAUAAAUGUUAUCAUCUUCACAACAGAAGUUUUGUACUUCUAUAUACCAAACUACUAUUGGGUAGUAGCACUAGUAUUAUGGGAAGGAUUGUUAGGAGGAUCUUCCUAUGUCAACACAUUCUACAGGAUAUCAACAGAGCAAACGGGUUCCCUAAAAAAUAUCCUAAAGUGGAUUUAGAGGUUUGUGGAAUUAGGCGACCCAAAUAUAGCAACAACGUUUCGACUAUCAGCGAGAACAGCAAGACCUAUGGGAAAUAGAAGGUCAACCUCUUCAUUGUUCGCUACGUGAGAUUAUUCCACCUUACAAUGAUGGAGUCCCCAUAGCGGCUAGGGUCUAACUGUCGGAUCGAUUGAGACAUAGACAUGGAAGUACCACCACAGCAGCACUCCUAGACUUUUUCCAUCAACCACAAGGAUUAAAAGAAAUGUGUGCCUGAAGACGAAAAGCAGUUUUCCAUAGCCAUCACAACAUUUGGAGACAGUAUAGGCAUCUUAAUGGCAGGGCUGUUUGCCAUAGUAGCACACAACGCAAUAUGCGACUUACCAAUGGGAACAUGAUAUUUUUAUCGUACUUACUUUACUGUGUUAAUAAUUUGUGACAGUAUUUUUGUUUGUGAAAAUAAAAUAUUUUAUUUUUAAA